GAUGCGUUUUUUCACGCUCACUUAGAGCAUAAAAAAGAGCUAGUGAAACUGAAACUAACUUCUGACGCUUUCGAGAGAACAUGGGAAGUCAAGUUGAACGGCCGGAGUUUCGCCGGCGGCUGGGAAGAUUUCUCCGCCGCCCACUGUCUCAAAGACGACGACGUUUUGAUUUUCAGACACCAUGGGGACAUGACCUUUCACGUCACUCCUUCCGGAAGAAGUUUCUCUAAGAUACUCUGUAUAUCUUCUAGCUCUGACGAUAGUGAUGAUGACGAUGAUGAUGAUGAUAGUGAAGAUGAUGAUGAUGAUAAUUCGAAGAACAUUUUGUCAAAGGAGAAAUCAAGAUUAAAAGCAGAGUCGUCUUCAUCGGAAAACUCGUGCUUUCUCGCCCCCACGCCUUCCAAUCUACGCCAAGAUCGAGUGAGUCUUACAAAACGUUUUUCGAGAACAAAUGCUCUGAACAAGAGAUGGUGCGUGAUUGAUCUGAUGAAUCAAAGAGGAAAAUCAUGGGCUCUUGGUCUGCGACACAACAAGGUAACUGGUCAGGAUUAUAUCCUUGGAGGCUGGAGAAGUUUCUGCCGUGCAAAUGAGCUAAAAACCGGAAUUUUCUACCGGUUUGAACUUGUCCGGAAUGGGGCAAGGCCUUUGCUUCAGUUGUGUUCCGAUAUUACUUCACAAGGAAACUGUUCAAAGGCAAAUAGAAAAGCUAAAGUUUCGGCAAAAUCUAGUAGGGAAGAUGAGAGUGCUUCAUUGACGGUAACCUUAAAGCCUUACAUGCUCAAGUCAAGACAACUUCGUCUUUCGAGUGAUUUUUCGAGGAAGAACGGAAUCAAGAAGGAAGGAGAGAUAACUCUUGUGGACAAAAAUGGAGUAAAGUGGCCGUCGUAUGUAGUUUGUGUACAAGGGAGGUUAUAUAUAACAAAAGGGGUGAUCGAUUUUUGGGCAGCCAACCAGAUAGAGACGGGAGAGACCUUCACGUUGGAGCUUGUUCGAGGAGAAGGCACAACUCCUAUGCUCAAGUUCUGCUCCAAAGCCAAGGUAUCACGGGAUGAAGAAGAGGUUCAAGAAGAAACAGAGACUCGGUUCCAAAAGAGAGCUCGGGUUUCUUCAGAAGGAGGACCAUCUCGCUGCACUCAGGCAUCAAACAAAUCAACUGCUGCUCCAAAAAACUUGGAGUGCAAGCAACCACUUCAACCUUGCUCAUUCUCUGAUCAACUGACAAAGGUGAAACAGUGUAGUGUGGGCAUUAUAACUGAUGUAAGACGGUUCCGCUCGGAGCUUGAGAUAAAGGAACAAAAUUUAGAAGCUUUGCUGCAGGAACUCAGUGCGUUAGGGGAGAAAGUUUUGGAAAUCAACAAAAUCAUCAAGUAA